GGGCGUGGUUGUAACUUAGGGGCGUGGCCUUGUGGGCAGCAGGAAGAAGUUACCUGUUGAAUCCUUCUAACCAUCUUCUUCUCAGCCCUUGCAGCUACCCCUAAGAGGGAAGCUGCAAACCAUAAACCUCUUCAGAAAAAGAGGUAACGGGAGGCAGACAAGGAGCAGCGGAGGGAACUGACUAUUGCAUUCGGUAGGAGGGGCCCAACAGCUACUUUUUACCUGAUGAGUCAGGUGAACCGGUCCGUGGGCGAGGGAGACCAGCGUAUGAGAAAAGGGCUAGGACGGAGGAGGUAUUUAUUUGUUCGUUUUCAAGAUUAUAUUUAGAGCCCUUGAUCUGCAGACCCAUUGGCCGACUGUGGGGCACUCCCUCGGCCUCGGGAAGAGAGAACGCGGGAGACUUUUCGGCAGCAAAAGAACGACCCAUCCGGGUUUCCUACCGUCCGUGUAUUUCCUAGCCCCAAAACUAUAGAGCCACAUGGCUUCCGCGGUCUGGGGAAGUGCUCCCUGGUGGGGCCCACCGCCCCCAGCCCCAGCCCGGCCGCUCACGGAUAUCGACUUUUGCUCUGGGGCACAGCUGCAAGAACUAACCCAGCUGAUUCAGGAGCUAGGUGUUCAAGAGAGCUGGAGCGACGGGCCCAAGCCGGGACCAGACCUCCUCCAGGCCAAGGAUUUUGUUUUCUCUCUGCUGGGUCUCGUUCACCGCCGGGACCCUCGCUUUCCUCCCCAGGCUGAGCUCUUGCUGCUUCGUGGAGGGAUUCGCGAGGGCUCCCUGGAUCUGGGGCCUGCACCUCUAGGUCCCUAUGCCCGGGGGCCUCACUAUGACGCCGGCUUCACACUCCUGGUGCCCGUGUUUUCGCUAGACGGCACUGGACAGGAGCUACAACUGGAUGUGGGAUCCUGUUAUGCAUGGCUCUGCCUCCCAGAGCAAGUACACGGAACCUCAGUCCGGGAGGCAUGGCAGGAUUGCCUAGGACCCCCAGUCCCAGGGGGACGUGAUUCGAACUUCCCAACCGAAAGCGAAGGAAGUUCCAAGGACCCGCAGAGCUCUGUGGACCAGCCUCACGGCGACGUUGCUGAGCCUGGGGCACAUGUGUGUUUGGAAAAAUCACCUAGUAACAUUUCAGUGCCGGAGCUGCCUCAGGAAGACGUAACCGAUGUUGGCUUUCCCUCAUCCUUGAAAAAACCGAAUGGUGACGUCACCACAGCAGCCGACGUUAGCCCCAGCCCAGUGCCAAAGCCGUCGGAGGCUCUGGAGGCAUGGCCCACAUUGUGCCCUGCCCAGGUGGCUGCCUGGUUCUUUGCUUCGCUGGCCGCGGUCGCUGAAUCCCUGUUCCCGGUCCCGGGUGCCCCGCGCUUGGUGCAUGCAGCCCGCCACGCCGGGUUCAGCACCAUCCUCCUGGCUACUCCUGGGCCCCCGCGCCGCCUUCUGCUUUUCGACCUGAUACCCGUGGUGUCCGUGGCCGGCUGGCCCGAGAGGGCCCGUAGCCACUCUUGGGCCGGGCCUCUGGUUUCGGAGUCUUCCUCCUUCUACCUGGUGCCCGGCGGUGGCACAGAGCGGUCGGGCGCCUCCGGAACCCUGGGGUUCCGCCCGCCCAGCUUCAUCCCCCUCUUUCCCGGCGUCUCCGCCCCCUGCCCCGCCCCCGAGCCGGCUCUCGGAGGAGGGGGAGCUGCUGUCACCGCCGCCGCCUCAGCUUCCCACAGCCGCUACCGCUGCCGCCGCUGCCGCCGCUCCGCUUGGUCCAGCCGCCAGGCCCAGUGCUCACUUCGCCGGACCAGGGCUCUCUGCGGAGGCACCCUCACUCCUUCGUGGGGUCCGGGACGCCUAGCCAGGCGUGGGGGGAAGCUCCGCUUGCGGGGUACAGGGAGGGAGGAGCCUGGAGCCGGAGCCAGCGCCAGCCGUCGCCGGAUCGACAAGACAGGGCAGGUGACAGAGGGCCCUUCAGACAACCACCUGGUGUAA